ACUGUCGGUAGGAUGCGGACUGCUACUCAUUUUCUUAGUUUGGAAAAAGGAAUAUCUGCAAAAACCCAUUUAUUACCUUCGGUGUAAUCUAGCUAUCGACGACAUCAUCUUCACCAGUUUCUUGAUUCCCAUCCGUAUCUACGAACUUUUUCGGCAAGAUGACAUCGGGAAAUAUCUAUUGUGCAUCGGUAGAAUCUUGGUUGCGCCCACAUGUCUGCUAUCUAUGUUUGGUACGUACCUCUUGAUGGCGAUAGAUCUGUACCAUUUUGUGUGCCAUCCCCUACACUACCAUGAAAGAGUCACCACAAAACGUGUUGGUGUGAGCAUCUUGACGAUCAGGGCCUUCUCCCUAUUCCUGGGAAUAGCGCCUGUGGCUUUUGGUGGACUGCCCAAAUACGGAAUGCCAUGCCAGAUUGACCCGGAGAACAUUGUCUCAAUAUCUCUCAUUAAUAUAAACAUCCUUGUCUUGUCAAGUACCAUUCUCGUCAUUCCAAUGUUCUACUACCGAGUCUUCAAGGAAGCUAGAAAACAACAGGAAAGGGACGAAAACCGCAACUUGUGGGUCUUCCAGACCAAGGCAUUCAAAACGAUGCUGCCGUAUGCAAUAGUUCUGACUGUAUCCGUAGCCACUACAGUUUUUCAGGUGGCCAUAACAAGAGCUGUGAUCAGUAAGGAACAAAUGUCGCAACGGGCCCUGAUUGUCGCCGAUCACGUGUCCGCCCUCCUGUUCCUGACGUUGUCAUCCAUGGCCAACCCCAUCAUCUGCAGCUUCCGGCUCCCGGAGUUUCGCCGAGCCAUUAGAGAGCUGUGUGGAUUGCCGACCAACACCCCACCUGCGGUACCGGCACGGCGGCAAGGGGACAUGGAGAUGGUCGCUAUUACUAGUCGUAGGCAAGUGGCUCAGGCCACAGAACUGGUGCCAGCUCAAAGCAAUACAAAUGGCCUGAAACCGGCGGCGGAGGUAAUACCUUCCGACCAAGCACAAAGGCAGACAAUGCAGGGAGAAGUGAGCCCGGGACCUUCUACAGAAAACCGUGCCUAUGCGCCUUUCCAGCUCACAGUGCGGGCAGAUGUACAUGCUGAACCAACAGCGAGUUCCGGACAGGACAUCACGGAAACUCUUCCCGGACAACUAAACUUGGAAGUGUAA